AUGGACAAGAUUAAUCCCAUUGAGAAGCGGAUGCUGCCCGAGUUUUUCAGUGCCCACAAGAGCUCGAAGACGGCGGAAUUGUACCUCAAAUACCGCAAUUACAUGGUCCACGCGUCUCGCCAGCAGCCGGACGUGUACUUAACGGCCACGGCCUGUCGUCGGAAUUUAGCGGGAGAUGCCUGUGCGAUCCUCCGCGUCCACGAGUUCCUUACGCACUGGGGACUGAUUAAUUUUCACGUCCCGCCGCACGCGAUGCCGCCCGCUAUUCACUCAAACUAUGCGCUCCAAGCGGUUGGGAGUGCGACCAGUACCGGUCAGUACUAUAGUAGCAGUGGUGGUAGUAAUAGUACUGCUAGGGAUGAACAAAGUCCUGUGGCCAUGCUUGUGGCUGGUCAGAAAGAGUGUGGACGAAGGGUGGACGUCCCGUUGGCGUGCGAAGGUUGUGGCGUCGCGAGGCAGUCCGACGAUUUGUUUUUUGAGCUCACAAGUGAAGCAAAGAAAAAGUUGACGACGAGUACUGCGGUUGGAAACGCAUCGAGUGCAACGCACGGAAUGAAUGGUACUGGUGGCAAAGCAGGAGAAGGUCAAGAAAUGACGGUACGAGGGUUUGCAUUGCGACCAGGAAGUGGCAUCUGUGAAGAGUGCUACAUUCGCGGUGCUUUUCCCGAGGGCUACGAUGUCUCGGAUUUCGUGCUGAUGCCGACAGUGACGAAAAAUCUGUCGGCAACCGCUUCGUGGACGCAAGAAGAGAAUGAUCGUCUGUUGACUGCUGUGAAUAGCAGCACGAGGGCCAAUCGAACCAAGGGCGUGCGUGAAUAUGAAGAAGAUGAGGAAAGCUGUGAUUGGAAUUUCGUGGCUUCCAAGGUUGGCUCGAAGACCGCUGAAGAGUGUUUGUUGCACUUUUUGGAGAUACCAACGCUCGACACGUCGGUGGCGCUGGAUCGAGGAACACGGGUCGGCGAUAUGGUGGAGUCGAUGCGACCUUUUUCUGCCGGAGCAGCUUUGACUGCGCCUGUGCUUGAUCUGGUUUCUCUAGUAGAGCAGGUUGACCCGAUUGUUGCGAAAGCUGCAGCUCAUGCCGCGAUAGGUGCCAUCAAGCGAUUACACACGAUGCCAGCGGAUAUAGCCAUUUUGCCGAGUGAGGCAUCGUUGGCUUCGGUGAAGCACGAAGCAACGGCUAGUACAGCUGAAGUCAAGGUAGAGAGCGCUCCGACGUCGUCAGGGCCCGUUACGAUAAGUGAUGGCUCAUUGUCUUCGCUUGAGGAUGCAGCAGCGGCAGUAGCCAGCAGUGCAGAGGAAGCAGGAAUCAGAUCGACCAUCAAGUCAGAGGACACGCCCGCGCUCAGCGAUGUGGCUAUGGAGGAUGUACCGUUGUCAAAUCCGACCCUUGAGUCCACUACGGAGACGGUCGGUCCGGGCAAGCACGAUGCAGCGUCUAUCUCGAAGGAAAUGAUUGCGGUCACGGAAGAGGCAGCCCGUGCCACUACAGUUGCGCUCUUGGCAACGCGAGCACAGCAGAUUGCCGAUGAUAUUGCAAAUGGACCCGUGAAGGAUUUGGUACAGCAACUCGUGGAGAAUCAGUUGCGUCAAAUCGAGUUGAAGAUGCAGCAGCUAGCUGUACUGGAGCAAACAGUUUGUGCCGAGAAGGAGCAACUUGCAAAAGAGAAGUACGAGCUAUACGUAGACCGGCUCGCCUUCUCUCGCGAAAAGAUGAAUGGCCGCUUGGCGUAG